GUUUUCGCGUGUGUCUGAGCGCGCGCGCGUGUCUCUCUGUGUGCGCGCGCGCACGAGCAUAGCUCUGAAAACGACUUGCAUGGGAGUGGAUAGUGGAGUAAUUUCAGCUCUCUUAGGAACAACUCCUCUCCACGGAAUCCGUCCGGUAGUUUGGCACCGGAGCGCCCGGGCGUCUCUCCGCGUUAUCCCGGGACAGUGGCGAAGAGCUGCCGCGUCCGGCGACGUUUAGGAACGGGAUUACCAUUGCUGUGAGGAUUUAUUUAAGGAGUGAAAGGAAGGGGGUUCUUAAAGAUCCAGGCAAAACUCUGGAGAACUUCGGGCUGUUUGAUUCUGAUGAGGUUGUUACUGAUGAAAAACUGAUGCUGUCUGACUAUGUUCUGGGGACAGUGCGCUGGAUCACCCGAGUGCUGGAGAGCUGAAGGUUUUGCAGGGCGGGCGGCAAAAGUUUUGGCUUAAUUAAGUUGGCGACAGCAGUUCACCGAGCAGUGACUGUGUGUGCAGCCUUCUUCGGAAAACCGACGAUGUUUCUCGCAACGUUUGUCUGCGUUUAAGUUUCUGAUGCUGCAUGAGAGCAGGGACACCGCGACCACCGGCUGCGCACGUUGUGCGCACCGUGCACAAACUCCCGGUCUUUGGAGACAAGUGUAAAUCGAUGCGGCAUCCCCCGAGAGGUGGACGGGACCGACAGGACUCUUCCAAAACUGUCUAGGUUGUCGUAUGUUCAAGUCGAAACGCUCCGGUCUUGUUCGGCGACUCUGGAGAAGCCGUCUGGUCACCGAGAGCGACGUGCGGGAUGGAUGCAGACGAGGCGAGGCAGGACGGCACGGUCACUCGGGAAGGCUCCACAGACACGAGCAGAGGUCGGUGACACGCAGUGACGCGGCUCCGGGCCUCUCCGCGGAGGCUGGAGACAUGACAGAGAGCGUGGAGAGGGAGGAAGAGGAGCAGCCGGACGACGAGCUGGGUGUCGUGCGCGUCGCAGGGCGCAGGAGCUCCGUGCCGGAGCAGGAGGGCGACGGCAGUACGGUGACGUGCUGUUUGUUUGGGGAGUGGGAUCUCAGACCACGGAGCUCCUACUGGGCCCUGAGAAAAGACGGAGGGGCCCACUGUCAGUGCGCAUCUAGACGCACUGGGCUUGAGGAGGACUUGGCGAGCACUGCUCACGCUUUUCUGAAACGACUCAAAGACAGGUCUCUGGAUGCUCUGGUGAAGGCUGUGGAGACCAAAGGAGGGGUACCGGGCGAGUGCGUUAUCGUGCCGAGGACCGAGCUGCGGCUCAGCGCACACCACGUUUCCCCGCAGUAUCUGUUGUGUCGGCUGUUUCGCUGGAGCGACCUCCCGCUCUCAGCCCGACUCAAAGCGCUAUGCCACUGCCAGAGCUUCGGCUCCGGAGACAGCGUGAGGGUGUGUUGCAACCCCUAUCACUACAGCCGGCUGUGCGGGCCAGAAUCACCUCCUCCUCCGUAUUCUCUGUCCCGUUCAGAUGAACACAAGCUACUGGACUCAGCUCUGUCUUACACUGAAACUGCGCGCCCCCUCCUCCCCAGUCCGCCCCACAUUAUGCCAAGAGACUACACAGACACUGGUACCUCCAUCGGCUCCUCCACCUCCGGCGGACAGCGCUCUCACUGGUGCAGCGUCGCCUAUUGGGAGCAGCGCACCCGCGUGGGUCGCCUGUAUCCAGCCUUCGAGCCGUCGCUCAGCAUCUUCUAUGACCUACCUCAGGGCACGGGCCUCUGCCUCGGCCAGCUCCACGCCAACGCUUACCACAGUCGCCGCGAGGACCCGGGCAGCCACGGCACACCGGAUCCGUAUCGGCAGCACGGCCACGGCAGAGGAGGAGGCAGCAGCAGCAGCAGCAGCAGUAGCAGCAGCAACGUACAGCAGAUUCGCAGUAAGAUCGGCUUCGGCAUCGUGCUGAGCCGCGAGCCGGACGGCGUGUGGGUCUACAAUCGCAGCCAGCAUCCGGUGUUCGUCCACUCGCCCACGCUGGACCUGCCCAGCGCUCGUGGGCUGAGCGUGAAAAGGGUGAUGCCCGGUUUCUCCCUCAAGGUGUUUGAUUUCGAGUGUUCUAGCUGGAUGACGGAGCACGGCAUAAAGCCAGAGACCCAAGAGGGGCCCUGGGACCCCCACAGCAUCCGGAUCAGCUUUGCUAAGGGAUGGGGCCCCUGUUACUCCAGACAGUUCAUCACCUCCUGCCCCUGCUGGCUGGAGGUGCUGCUCAACACCCACAGAUAGCACACCAACACCCCCCCAGACUCACAGGAACCAUCUGGACUCAGUAUCCCAAUUGUAAUCUACCUAGAUUUAAUAUAAAUUUAUAUAUUAUAUAAAAUAUAUUUUACAUGUAAAUACGUGAGUCAUUUUUACGAUGCAAUUAUUUAUGUAUAGUGUAAUGUGUAUAUUGUCAACAUAAAAAGGAACAAGAAUAUGCACUUUGAUUCGAUAUAUAUAUAUAUGCAUUACAGCUUUUCAGUGUCUUUUUGCAAACCUAAACUGUAAAAGCAACAGACUUUGGUUCAUGUUCUCAAUAUUUUUUCAAUUCCAUCAACAUAUUUGCAUCACACAGACACAAACAUUGUCAAUAAAGUAUUUGUAUUAAAAUGAA